GACCAACAAUAGUCUCUUGCUUCUCAAAGAUAUGGCCGCCGGUACUGUCUAUUUGAGGACCAACCGUUUUGAGGUCAAGCUAGAAGGCAUCACCUUCAAACCCAAAGAUUUUGAGUACUUAUGCAAACAAGACUUUCUCUUCCCUAAGGGUAAAGUUAGGGUUCACAAACCCAUCGUUGGCAUUGAUGUCAUCCAACACCCUCGUGACCCCAACAUCGUCUUGGUCCUCUUAUGUUUUGGGUUGGGCUGUGUUAUCCUCCGGUUUCGCCCCGGGGAAGCGCUGCCCGACCCCAUCCUCAAGUUCCUAGCCGACGACAGAAUCUGCUUCGUCGGUUUUGGCAUUCCUGAGAAGGGAGAUUUAUUUCCGUUUGAACGGUUAGGGUUUUCAAAGCAGAAAUCCGACAUCGGCUAUCUAGCCUCUAGGUUCUUCAACAACCCAAAGUACAGGCGAUGCGACCUCGGGGAUCUCGCGCGCAAAGUUCUUGGUAUCAAGAGGAUGAUUGGGUUGGCCGAUUCUUCGUCCUUCGCGAGACACGAGCAAAUCAAAUGUGGGAUUUGCCAGUUGUUCAUUUCCACCAUUAUUGCCAUUUCGCUUCUUAGCGCGGUUGAGAAGAAGAAGGUGAAGGCCACCUCUUCUCCGAAAAAGGGUUCUUUUCUUGCGAAUCUCGCAUCUCUUCCCUUGUUCGCCGAAGGAUGGCUCAAGUUGAAUGAUGGGAAGUUUCGUGAUGAGACCGAUGAUGAUGGUAUGGACAAAGGGGGUGAUGAGGACGACGAUUCUUGUCGUGGUGGGAAGAACAAAGAUUCUUCUUGCGACGCGUUUGUUGGUGACAAAGGUGAGAAGGUGUACUCUUGUCGCGAUUAUGCGGUCCGAGCAAGAGUGAGCGAGGAGGAUUUGGUUAGAGGAGAAGAGAAUGCUCCAAAGACAAACGACGACGACGAUGAUGGUGAUGAUGAUUAUAAUUAUUGUUCCAACAAGGAGUCGUCAAAAAAGGCGCCAUUGAAAGGGAUCUUUAAAUGUUUGUUUCCACUAGACGUCGAGAACCUCAAUCCCUAUACUUCUCCAUCAUCUCCCGACUCCAACAACAAGGGCACAAUCGUCACGCCGAAAAAGAAGAGUUCCAAAGGGGACGACGAUGCGAUAAAGUGUCCCUUUUCUUCUACCAAUGAUUCCAAUAACAAAGAGCCUAUAUGCAUUGGGAAAAAGCCUUUGAAAGGGAUCUUAAAGUGUCCUUCUUCCAAGUUUGAGAGGUGUUUGUCUUCUCCAAAGGCCAUUUCACCCCCAAAUGCACAAGAGCUUCUAAGAAGAGCCAAUUCCAAGGGCCACAAUGUAAGCUUUAAAUGUGAUGACUAGCUUCAUUCUAUGGUCCUUAAUUAGCUCAAGUCACACAGGUGGUCGGCUCGGGUCGGUUCGGUUUCCCCUGAUUUAUCUUUCUCCCACCUUUUUUUCAUCUGAAUUGUUAACCUUUGUGUUGGUCAUUAAUCUGCAGAACUCAGGUACAGAAUUGUAUAAUAAUUACUAGAAGUGUGUGAUGACAUUAAUAAUGGCUUUUGGUAUCA